AUGAAGAAAUGGGAUCUCAAAGAUGGAAGAACACUAGUACUUAAAAGGAAAACAUUCCGUUCAAGGUUCAUGGUUAAACGUUUCCCAUUACAAAUACCAUACAUUGAAGACGGUUCCAACAAAAUCGAAUUUAAUAAAUCAAUGGGUAAAUUAGAACUAGCCGACGGAAGAAUUGCAUAUGUUGGUGAUGACAAAUAUUUACGAAUUAUGUCUGAUUCCAUUGAUAAAAUAGAAGUCUAUUAUGUAAAGUACUCAUGGCAUUAG